GAUCCAGCAUUUUCCAGACGACAAAGUCUGAUGAUGGAGCUAAGAUCAUGCUUCAAUUCAACAUCUAACCACACUGCUGUGGGUUCACAGAAGAUCGCACCUGCUGUAGUUCUGGGUUUGUGCUGUUUGGUUGGUUUGCCAAGCAACAUCGCAGUGAUCAUCAGCAUUGCUCGUGAGUGGAACAGAAAUCUGAGCUUCACCUUAAAACUAAUGAUUAACCUUGCAGUAUCUGAUGCUUUGACCCUGUGUUUGGCUCCUUUUGUGCUGUAUGGAAUACUGUUUGGAUGGAUAUUCAGCCUUUGGUUUUGUAAGUUCUUGUUUUUUUUGGGUCACUGGAGUCUGUAUGUUGGUGUCCUGACGGUCACAUCCAUGAGCGUGCACCGCUAUCACAAUGUCAUCAAGUCAAGAGUCACUAACAGGAUGAUACUGCAGAGACUGGAAAGACGGCACAGGCACCUUCAGCUGAUUGGCAUCUGGACUCUAGCAUUUGUUUUUGCCCUACCAGUAUUUUUCACUCAGAAAGUCAGUAAUGGAUUGCAAAGAUGUCAGAGGACAAUGGAGUCACAGUCUGUAGAAGUAACUGUUUUGCUUUUUGAGAUCUUGUUGGGGUUCAUCAUCCCAUUUUUGACAAUGUUGACAUGUUAUCUCUGGUUGGACAAAGGGUUGAGACAAAAAGCCAAGAGAUCCAGUCUAACUAGAGCUUCAAAGGACCAGGAACCCAGAAACCAGGGGACAAACAUUAGGACUUACAAGAAGAGACUUGUGAUCAGCAUCGUUGUGGCUUUCUUUGUGUUUUGGACUCCUGUGCACAUUAUCAAUGUGAUUGAUUUAGUCACAACUCUGACUAAAAUUUCUCAUCCAGAUGUUUAUUGUCAACUGAAGUCCUUCCGCCAAAGAUACGGUGAUACAAACAAGGCUGUGGCUUUGCUAAACUGCUGUCUGAAUCCUUUUCUCUAUGCCAUGUCUUCAGGAAAUAUUAUGAAAUGUUUCAGAAAGAGAUAAUUCACAAUUUAUGAUGGAAUUAUUUAUUUUCAGUUAAAUAUUUAUAUUUAUUUAUUUUACAGCAGAACCCUUUUUAUAAGGUUCCAUAAAUAACCAUGCUUUGAAAGUGCUAUAUACUGCAGGACCUUCAUAGUGUUAUAUAAACGUUUAAUAAUAGUUUAUUGUUUAAUUAAUAUUAGUAUAUUUAUUUAAUUAACAUUCAUAUAAAUAUAUAGCCUAUAUUAUUUAUUAAUAUUGUUUUCAACCUCUCUGUCCGGCCUGUCUUAUAAUAAUAUUUUAGCCUGUAGUAAAACAAAAAAAUCUAAAAUAGUGAAGACCAAAUUCCAGUAAAAUAUCU